GCCCAGACUGUGACAUUGAAUCUCAAAGAGCCUUCUCGUUAGUUACACUCAGCUGAACUCACACCUGCCAACAUGUCCUACGGCUGCUCCUCUGGAAACUUCUCCUCCCGCUCCUGUGGGGGCUACCUGCAACUCCCAGCCUCCUCCUGCGGCUCUUCCUACCCCAGCAACCUGGUCUACAGCGCUGAUCUCCAGUCUCCCACCAGCUACCAGCUGGGCUCCUCGCUCUACAGUGGCUGUCAGGAAACCUUCUGUGAGCCCACCAGCUGCCGGAGGUCCUGUGUGCUGUCCAGGCCCUGCCAGACGUCCUGCUACCGUCCAAGGCCCUCUGCGUUCUGCAGUCCCUGCCAGGGGACUUACUCUGGAUCUCUGGGCUUUGGGUCCAGCAGCUGCCACUCCAUGGGGUAUGGGUCAAGGAGCUGCUAUUCCUCAGGCUGUGGCUUCAGUGGCUUCAGACCCCUGAGUUACGGAGUCCGUGCCUUCCCUUCCCUGACCUAUGGCUCUGGGUUUUGCAGCCCAUCCUACUCGGUUACUAGAAACUUCCAAUCUCCCUGUUAUAGACCAACCUGUGGAUCAGGCUUCUGGAGAUCAACUUGUUGAAUUCCAGAAUUUUUAAACCACAUGUCUCACUUGACUUAGUUUUAGUUGACAUAUCAAGCUAUAAAAUUAAUGAAUAGAUUCAAAUAUCUGUAACUUUCAAAACAAGUGAUUCAUUAGUACUUAAAUUCUUCUUAUGAAAUAUAUAUCUGAGCUAAUAAACUCAUUCUUCUGUGCAUCCAA